GCACUAGGGAGAUCGCCUUUUAGUCCAGUGCGGCAGGAAAAGCCAGGGGAGACGUCGUGGAGAUUGAGGGUUAGGAGAGCAAAACAGUUAUAAAGGAAAAAAAUUACAGUUGCUUCCGUUUACUUAUAACACCAUCUUCAAAAUAUGAAUUUAGCUAUUCCUGUAAAUAGAAGUUGGCGAGCAGUUUCGUAGAUAGACGAAACGUUAGUCUACUGGAGGCUAUGCUUGCUUGGCAAACUGAAGAUAAUGUCAGGGAAUGGCUGAAAAUCCCUAAACUAGUCUAUUGCAGUUGCCUGGCUGGAAUUGUCUUCUCGUACUGAAAAUAUCGGACACAUGGAAAUAAAAACGGUUAGCUUGUAACCGUGGGAAGGAUCCACAACACAUCUGGGUGUGAGGAAUUCCAGUCGGUCUUCGGUUCGGAAACGCAUUCGAAGUUUGAACGUAAAGAGACAUUUUGCUGCAUCGAAUUCCUUUUCACGGGAUGACAUCUACCGCCGACAGAAUUCCACGAGUUAACUGACCAUCUGCCUCUCCGUAACAGGCCGAGCGAGCCAGGCGUAAAGAUGGGUGAUGCGGCACAUACCAAGGGGUUGAGACGAACCUUUAUCGUCCCCUCGAUCAAGGCGUUUGAUCAUUAUGAUUUCACAAGGGCUAAAAUAUCCUGUAGCUUCACAUGGCUUGUGGCCAAAGCCUUUGGCUCAGAUGCGGUCCCUGAGGAGCUGGCUGACCCCUUCUACAGGGACCAGUACAGCCAGGAGCACCUGAAGCCCCCCGUGGCGUCCCUGCUGCUGUCUGCAGAGCUCUACUGCCGGGCGGGUAGUCUCAUCCUCCGCAGCGAUGCCGUCAAACCUCUGCUGGGACACAACGCCGUCAUCCAGGCCCUGGCACAGAAGGGACUGUACGUCACAGACCAGGACCGACUGGUCACAGAGAGGGACCUGACCAGCACUCCUAUACGCAUGAGUUCCCACCUGGCCCUGAUAGACACUCUGAUGUUGGCGUACACGGUGGAGAUGGUGAGUGUGGAGCGGGUGAUGGCGUGUGUCCACAGAUGCUCCUCCCCUCUCAACGACCCCUCCUCCCACCCCGACGGACACAUCAGAGAUCUGCCCUACGACACUGAGGACGCAGUCACCACAUGGAUCAACAAGGUGAAUAAGCACCUCAGGGAGAUUCUGGUGGAGGAGCAGAGGUUGAGAGAGAGCUCUUGUCUUGAGACCACAGCUACAGGAGCUCAGAGGGCACUCUACAGGAGGGAGUAUGCCCAGCAGAGGUCAGCUCCAUCACUCCCCCUGGUGGACAAUCUGCUGAAGGACAACACAGAUGGCUGUGCCCUGGCCGCACUCCUCCACUUCUACUGCACAACGUCCAUCAGACUGGAAGAUAUCUGUCUGAAGGAGACCAUGUCGCUGGCUGACAGUUUGUACAAUCUGCAGCUGGUGCAGGAGUUCUGCAGGGACAACCUCAACCACUGCUGCCACUUCUCCCUGGAGGACAUGCUCUAUGCCCACUCUUCCAUCAAGAACAACUACCUGGUGUUUAUGGCAGAGCUGUUCUGGUGGUUUGAAGUGGUGAAGCCUUCGUUUGUACAGCCCAGAGUCUUUGACCCACAAGGCUGUGAUCCUGCCCAUUCAUCCAGGACUAUGGGUCCUAUGUGUAGCCCAGCCAAAAAGGACUUUGGGGACAGACCUGACAGCCCAAAACACGACAGGCUUCAACCAGACUCUGCUUCAGGUGUGAUCAAGAGGUCGGCGUCCAUGUCCUAUGUGGACGGCUGUGUGGGGACGUGGCCUAAGGAGAGACGGUCUCGGGGCAUCUCCUUUGAGAUUCCUCUGGACGGGGACCCAAGCGCCCCUCCCUGUCAGGGUCCUUCCCUCCGAGGCAUGAUCCGCUCUGCCAGCACAGAGGGCCUGGGGGGGUUCAAAGUUAACCACACACCUCGUGGGGGCAUGCGGCACCAACUCCCCUUUCAGCCGGUCAGCGUUUACGAUCAGGGUUGCAGUGCCGGACACAUACCCGAGGAGGACUACGACAGGGACUCACUUAACUACAACUCCCAUAAAGCACUGGGGCGUGGGCAGACUCAGCCACAUAGGAACCAGAGCAGAUAUUCCAAUGGCGUUCUCCCAGAGAACGGCAAGGGCGGCAGUGGCCCCGUCAGCCCGUCAACCCCGCCCAGCAUCGAGGAGGCCCUGAAUAUCAUCCACGACACAGAGAGGCCCCACGGCAGCCUGGGGCCCGGGGCCAACGGCUUCUUCCUACAUGAUGGAGCCGAACCUCCAGACCCAGGCGACGACCCUGACGACUACCCAGGAUCGGCUAAGGCCCGGGCGGACGAGGCCGACCCCAACUCAGCCUCUACGGAUGAGGUGGACACAGGGAUCCACGUGAGGACGGAGGACAUCCAGGAGAGUUUGGAGGAGGACAACUCUUCCCUCAGGGACUACUCUGAUAUAGACCCUGACUAUGAGGCUAUGACCCGAUCCUGUCCCCUAACAGACGGGGAUGGAGAGAGGGGGGUGAGGAACAGAGACAGGGUAGAGAGGAGCAGCCCAUGCCCCAGCUCGGUGCCCCCCGCUCCCCUGUCCCAUGUGCCCAGCCCUGCCUCAUCCUCUGGCGGUUCAGGCGGAGGCGUGGUUCGCAUGACCAGCUUCGCCGAGCAGAAGUUUCGUAAGCUUGAGGGACGGAGCAGUGGAGGGACCACCCCCGAGAGCUCCGAGCUCAAUGUUCCGAAUACGCCCCCCGCACAAACUGCCACACCUGAGGGCUCAAGCCCCGCCCACCCAGCCCAAAGCCCGGCCACACCCUCUACCAGAGACCACACCCACCUGCUGUCGUCAGAGAUGGUGCACCUGAAGAUGAAGCUGGAGGAGAAACGCAGAGCCAUCGAGGCCCAGAAGAAGAAGGUGGAGGCAGCGUUCACCCGGCAUCGUCAGAAGAUGGGCCGUACAGCCUUCCUCAACGUAGUGAGACGGAAAGGGAUAACCCCCUCUCCCACCAGCCCCAUCCCUGGGGGCCCAGACCUGGACAAGUCCUCCCCAGACCCCCUCCUCACCCCGUCAGGCAGUCUGGGCCAGGCGGAGAGGUGCAAGCCCGAUGGAGCCGCUCCCAAGUCCCCCUGCGAGGAGGGUGCAGGGCUAGUGGCUGGAGAGGUGGACCUGGCUGAGUACACGAGCUCCAUCGAGAGGCUGAACACGUCCCUGGGGUUCCUGCAGACGGAGAUGCAGCGGCUGGCUCAGCAGCAGGACAGGAUCAUGGCCAUGAGGGAACAGCAACAGUCCUGGGUCAUACCUCCUCCAGCGCCCUCACCACACAGGCAGCUACGGGAGCUCCGGCGCAACAGCGUAGCCGGCCGGGGGUCCGUGGGGUCCCUGUCCCCCAUCCUGUCCUCUGCCGGUGGUUCCCCCCGCGCCCCCCACCGUUCCCCUGGAGGCCUCAAGCGCCGACCAGCCUCCUUCCACGCCAGCACCCCUCACACCCCCCGUACCCCACGCCCCAGUGAGCUCAAGGUAACCCCCUUAAGACGGAUGCUCAACACCCCCACGUCCGUGGACAGUCUGCCCAGGCUACGACGCUUCUCCCCGAGCCAGACCCAGGUCACCUCCUUUGCCUACCUGGGACAUGAUGAGGGUCCUGGGGCCACAGAAGAGGGCAAGGAGGGAGGGGCCCCAGGGGGAGCAGAGGAGCCCCAGAACCAAAAUGAGCAGCCUGAGACACAGCCAGAGGUAGCAGAGUCGGGGAUAAGGAGUGCAGGCGCUCAUCCCUCCUCGCCCACUAAAGGGAGAGAGCAGAAGAGGAGAGAUGGAAGGACGGAGAAGUUGGCAGAGGUGCUGUCCCAACCCAGUAGAGACCUGGUAGAAAUACCAUUGUCCGCACUGAAGCCUCUGGGAGGACAGGGUCUGGAGACGAGUGGAGAGCUGUACGGAGACGACCAGAAAAUGUGUUGUGGGUUCUUCUACAAGGACGAUGGGAAGGGAGAGGAGGACAUGGCGGUGAAGAGGGCUGCUCUGCUUGAGAAGAGGCUGAGGAGAGAGAAGGAGACACAGGAGAAGAAACAGCAGCAGGAGCUGGAGCAGGAGCAGAGGAAGGAGGAAGCACGGCUGAAAGCAGAGGAGGAGCAGCAGAAGCGAGAGGACGACAAGCAAAGGAAAGAUUACAUAAAGAACGAGUACAUGAGGAGGAAGCAUUUGAAGCAGGUGGAGGAUAUGGAUGUCAGGCCUCGCCAUGGAAGUCUUAAAAAGAAGCCACGCCCCAAAUCCAUCCACAGGGACGUCAUGGAGUCACCCAAGCCCCCCAUCAGAGCCACGGGUACUCGACCGCGGGGGUUCUCAGUCUCCAGCAUGUCCCUGGCCUCCCUCAACCUGGCCGACAACGACAGCAACGCGGGAGAUAAGAGGACCCCCAGACCCCCCAGAAGCAGUAAACUAGGCACUGUGAGAGGCCAUAUCUCUUUCUUUUUAAGCUCUCCCAAAGAGAGAAAGGGAAGGCUAGACUCUGCGAGGCCAGACUCUGCAGAGGGCAAUCUGUCGUCCUGCCCGUCUCGUAAUGGAGAGAAGGACUGGGAGAACGAGUCCACAACCUCCUCCACUCCCUCCAACCAAGAGUACACAGGCCCAAAGCUGUACAAGGAGCCCAGUGCCAAGUCCAACAAGCAUAUCAUCCAGAAUGCACUGGCCCACUGCUGCCUAGCGGGCAAGGUCAACGAAGAGCAGAAGAACAAGAUAAUAGAUGAAAUGGAGAGGUCGGGGGCCAAUAACUUCCUGGUUCUAUUCCGGGACACGGGUUGCCAGUUCCGCUCGGUGUACUCUUACUGUCCAGAGACGGAGGAGAUCACCAAGCUGGCGGGCAUCGGGCCAAAGAGCAUCACGGCCAAGAUGAUCGAGGGACUGUACAAGUACAACUCGGACAGGAAGCAGUUCAGCCACAUCCCGGCCAAGACCAUGUCGGCUAGUGUAGACGCCAUCACCAUCGCCCCCCACCUGUGGCAGACCAAGAAACAGGGCACACCCAAGAAACUGGGUAGUCUCAAGUAGUCACAGCAACAAGCCGUUUUCAUAACAAACCAAGGAUAUUGUUGUUCGGUGUCUUGGGCUAUAGUUGAGGACUGAGGGGAGACUUUGUGGGUUAUCCGACCCAGGAAUGGACCCAGGUCUGGGUUUGACCUGGGAUAUUACAGGGUUUGGUAUGAACGGUGCUAAAGAGUCCAGCUUUCUAAUGUUCUUUCCCAGUAAGAUAUCCCCAGAACACUUAAACUCAGCAUUCAUCUGGGUCUGAUAUCUGAUAUACAAUAUAGAUGGAUGAUUAUGUAGAAGGGUUUUUCUUCUUAACAAAACACUGCUGAAAUUAUUACUGGAAUGUAGGAGAAAAAAACAACACAAGCCUCAAGGGACAUUGUUGUUGUUAUGCAAGACUGUGUGUGUGGGGGGGGGUAAGAGUCAUUCUAAUGGAGCACGCGUGUGUGUGUUCGUCAGCAUGCGUGGGUGUCCAUGUUCUUGUAUGCCCAAAAAAGAGGGGGGCUGAUGAAAGCCUUACUGAAUCAGACCACUGAAGCACUGAAUGUCAUCUCUCUGAAAUAGACCGAGUUUGAGUUCUCUGUUCAUCAUGUUUGGCCUUAUGCUUGUUUUGUGUGUCAUAUGAAAGCACAGCGAUUAUGUUAUAUUUAAGCGCCAGUUGUGAUGUUUUUGUGAGUGCAUGAUGAUUGGCUGUGUGUGGGGCUUGCUUUUCUCUGGCUGAAAGAGAAGACUGAGCAGUUGGGUUUGUGUAAUGUGUUAACAAGUGCCAAGAUUGAGUGAGGUGAGAACCUCAGAAAUAGGUUGUUGUUACUUUCGAUAAGAACUAGAUUGUAAAAUCAUUGAUUUAAGUAUCAUCUACAGUACCAGUCAAAAGUUUGGACACACCUACUCGUUCAAGGGUUUUUGAUUAUUUUUACUAUUUUCUACAAUAUUAGUGUGCAAAGCUGUCAAGGCAAAGGGUGGCUACUUUGAAGAAUCUCAAAUAUAAAAUAUUUGUUGAUUUGUUUAACACUUGUUUGGUGUCUUCACUAUUAUUCUACAAAGUAGAAAAUAGUCAAAUUAAAGAAAAACCCUUGAAUGAGUAGCUGUGUCCACUUUUGAUUGAUACUGUAGUUCACGGGAAUGUCAGCAACUGACUCAAUAUAUUUAUGUUUUUGAUAAGACUUUGGAAGUCUUAAAAUAUCAUUGACAGAAAUAUAAAUAUACUUUAAGACUAUAUACACUGUAUAAGUUAAUUCAGUUUGUAUAUAAAUACCUAUUCCAUUCAAAAUGAAUGAGUCACACUAGCGUUUUUCAUUUAAUAUGGACGUAUAUAAACUUAAUAUAUAUGGGGCCUUUUGUUGUUUAAAACAUGUAAGUGUGUAAUCGCUGUUCAAUGUCACUGACAGGACGAUUUACAGCUGUAGAAUAGCAGCAAGUUUCACAAAUUGUGUCAUGCGCCUGUGCAACUCAGAGAAAAUGUCUUAUAAAGGAUAUUGUUGGGAUACAGUAUGUUUUUGGACCUCACAGAUAUUUAAAAGCAUUUUACUUUAUUGUGGAUAGUAUCUUAACUGUUGAAUUCCCUUUACACUCAAAGUAGUCCACAAUACAUCUAUGUGUACAUAUACAAUUGAGAGUAAUUCAUCGAUAGCAAUUCAUGAUACUUUCCCACUGUAGAUUGCAGUAUUUGUUGUUGUAUAACUGUGUACUUACAUAAAGUAGAUCACAGAAAGAUGAAACAUUUCUACUGUAUGCUUUAACAUUUGACAUUAUUCUAACCUAUGGAAGGAAACUGGCAUUUAUUUUAUGUUGGAGUAAAGCCGUGUGUACAUUAUAUACAGUGUUUUUUCCUAAACCAUUUUCCAUUUUGAGAUUUCAUAUGAGCAGCAUAUCUGUCUCAAAAGGAAGUAUUUUGAAAGCAUGAGAGGGUAAAAUAUGUUAUGUAUGAGUGACGGGCAACACAUAGAAAGAGAAAUGACUGCGAACUGUGUCCCACUGCAUACUAUUGUCGGUAGUGGAUAAUCAGAUAUGUAUGAGAUGCCAUUCUGUGUUUUUCCCAAUCUAAAUUCGUUUUAUUUUAACCCUGUCAAUAUUUUCAUGUAUUUAUGUUAUUUUUAUAUAUUCCUUUGAACUAUAUUAAAAUGUUAAUUUUCA